AUGCCUCUCGAGGAGGACCAGAGCAGCGAUUCGGACUCCUUGCGCCUCUCAGAAAGCACCGCUUCUUCCAGUGACUCCGAGUGCUCGCGACAGAGCUUCAACAGCGAUUCCUCGAGCAAACCCAGUUCCCCAGUCUCAGCAAGUCCUCCCAAGAUUAUUACCUUUGAUGAAAUGAUGGCAGCUACAAGAAAUCUGACCAAUCUGACUCUAGCUCAUGAAAUUGCUGUAAAUGCAGACUUCUGCAUGAAACAUGUAGACUUUCCACAGAACAGCUUGGUGGGCACGGUGAAAACUAUUGUACACAAAGCAUUUUGGGAUUGUUUGGAAUCGCAGCUGAAUAAAGAUCCUCCAGAAUAUGAACAUGCUAUCAAGCUUUUUGAAGAAAUUAAGGAGACUCUUCUUUCCUUUCUGGCUCCUGGAGCAAACAGGAUUCAAAAUCAGAUCUGCGAAGUUCUAGAUACAGAUCUUAUAAGACAGCAAGCAGAACAUAAUGCUGUUGAUAUCCAUGGACUAGCAAACUAUAUCAUCAACACUAUGGGAAAGUUGUGUGCUCCAAUAAGAGAUAAUGAUAUAAAACAGUUAAAAGCAACUGACAAUAUCAUAGAGUUAUUGAGAAAAAUAUUCCAUGUUCUGGACCUAAUGAAAAUGGAUAUGGUUAACUAUUUAUUUGAAAACAUUAGGCCGUAUCUUCAGCGCAAUUUGGUGGAUUAUGAAAGAAUAAAAUUCCAGGAAAUACUUGAAGAAACACCAAGUGCUCUGGAUCACACAACAGAAUGGAUAAAGGAAUCAAUAGAAGAUGAAUUGUCGUCUUCUGAUGAGUCUUCAUCAUCCGCUGGUGCUAAUAGUAGUUCUAAGCCAAAUCUUAGUCCUACACUGGUGCUAAACAAUGGCUACUUGAAACUGUUACAGUGGGAUUAUCAUAAAGGAAUUCCAGAGACUCUAAUAACAGAUGAAGUUCGUCUUCAGGAGCUGAGAGAAAAGCUAAAUCAAUUAAAAAUCAUAGCUUGUGUGUGUCUCAUAACAAACAAUACGGUGGGUGCAGCAAUUGUGAAUGUGCCAGAUUUUGCUGACCAACUGAAAAAGAUCUCUUUUCCUCUUCUUGAAGGCAUGAGCAAGAAAACUUUUGAUUUGAAGGAGGCUCUGAAUGCCAUCAGUGUCCAGAUCUGCAGCAAAGUGAACAAGUCCCUGUCUGAAAGAGGUUUCCCCACUCUUGAUAAAGAAAUGCAGAAUAACUUACUGGGUCAAAUUGGUAGUGUUGUUGAGAAGAACAAUCCUGUCAGUUCCUUGAUUGAUAAGCGGAUCCAGUUGUUCAUGCGAAGCUUGCUCGCGCUUCCGAGCGGCAGGAAGUGCGCGGCGGCUGUGCCGGGAGGCCUUUCCGUGAUCCAGCCGGAGAUGGAGCAACUUGGAUCUCAGUAUGCGAACAUUGUUAACUUUAACAAGCAAGUGUAUGGACCCUUCUAUGCAAGCAUCCUUAGGAAACUCCUUUUUUCUGAUGCACCAAAAGGGAAUGCGGAAACGGAAGCAGCUGCCAAUUGAAAAUAGUGACCUACUCCUUGUACCCUGUUCUUCUCCCUUCAGACUUUAUAAUAGAGACA